GUGACAUUUCCGCCAUACGUCCCGCUGCUUCCCGCCUUCCUGCUCGAGAAGCGUUUUUACUCGGCAGUUGUGUCAGCAUUUCAGUGUGCGAUUGUUUGCACAAAGCACGCCCUAUUCCCAGUUCGAGUCUUUCAGUGUCACACUAGAAAUCAAACAAGGAGCCGAAAUGGUUAUUCACGUGGUUGAAAGCAAGGAAGACUUCGAGAAACAGCUCGAGGAAGCUGGCGGAAAAUUGGUUGUGGUUGACUUUUUUGCCACCUGGUGUGGCCCUUGUAAGAUGAUUGAGCCAUUUCUAAAGAACCAGUCAGAACUUCACAAGGACACUGUAAUCUUCUUAAAAGUUGAUGUCGACGAAAACGAGGAAAUCUCUUCAGAGUACGCUAUACAGUGCAUGCCCACCUUCCUGUUCAUUAAGAAUAAAGCAAAGGUGGAUGAAAUCUCUGGGGCCAAUCAAGAGAAAAUAAAAGAAAUGCUCGAGAAGCACAAGUAGUUCAUUAAAUAUAUUCAUGUGCGUGUUGAAGCUUUCGGCCGUCCACGUGGUUUCAUGCUCCGCACCGCUUGGUCCACUGCAUUUCUGCGAGACGCAUUUUGGGGGCGUGCGCCACUGCAUUAAUGGAAGCAUUGAUUUGCAAUCAGUCAUGCCAUAUGUGAAAAGAACUCUCCCGCAACGAAGCCUUACAGAUGUUAGAUAUAUGUACGGGUGCUGCUGGUAUUUUUUUAGCGACACAUUCUGUAAAUGAAAUAUGCACGUAUGCGAUCCUUCUUUUUUUUGUUACACUGAUAAUUUCAAAGAAAAUAUGUGAUGCCCUGCGAACAGUUUUUGACGCAGUUUAACCUUUGUAUACAUUUAGGUGGUGUACAUGAUCAGAGGCUUUGAAUGUUAUUAAAAAUGUUUCAUUGCUA